AUGAAGGAGAAGGAUGAAGUCUUGAAGGAUGAAGUCUUGAAGCAUGAAGUCUUGAAGGAUGAAGUCUUGAAGGAUGAAGUCUUGAAGGAUGAAGUCUUGAAGGAUGAAGUCUUGAAGGAUGAAGUCUUGAAGGAUGAAGUCUUGAAGGAUGAAGUCUUGAAGGAUGAAGUCUUGAAGGAUGAAGUCUUGAAGGAUGAAGUCUUGAAGGAUGAAGUCUUGAAGGAUGAAGUCUUGAAGGAUGAAGUCUUGAAGGAUGAAGUCUUGAAGGAUGAAGUCUUGAAGGAUGAAGUCUUGAAGGAUGAAGUCUUGAAGGAUGAAGUCUUGAAGGAUGAAGUCUUGAAGGAUGAAGUCUUGAAGGAUGAAGUCUUGAAGGAUGAAGUCUUGAAGGAUGAAGUCUUGAAGGAUGAAGUCUUGAAGGAUGAAGUCUUGAAGGAUGAAGUCUUGAAGGAUGAAGUCUUGAAGGAUGAAGUCUUGAAGGAUGAAGUCUUGAAGGAUGAAGUCUUGAAGGAUGAAGUCUUGAAGGAUGAAGUCUUGAAGGAUGAAGUCUUGAAGGAUGAAGUCUUGAAGGAUGAAGUCUUGAAGGAUGAAGUCUUGAAGGAUGAAGUCUUGGAGGAUGAAGUCUUGAGGAUGAAGUCUUGA